AUGGGGCUUCUCAUCCAGCGUCGCGUGGACUCUCUCCUCGCGAUAUUCCUUCUCGCCGCGUCCCUCGCGCUGGGCCUUGCAGCGAAUUUCGAUGGCGCCGCCACGGCUGUACCUCCGCAACUCGUGCGCGCGCGACUGAGGCGGUCGGGGGAGCUCACGCUGGAGCGCAUCGCGGCGCAGCGCGAGUGGCUGUCGUCCGCGGCGUUCAAGCAGCAUCUACUCUCCGCCAGCGGUCUCCUCGCGGACGGCGCAGAAGGCAGCGCAAGCGGCGGCGAGCGCCGGCCGGACGUGGUGCCGGAGUAUUACAUGGAGAUCGGCAUCGGAUCGCCGCCGCAGGCGUUCAAAGUCGUGCCCGACACCGGCAGCAGCAACCUCUGGGUGCCCUCGCGCCGCUGCUACCUCUCCCUCGCAUGUCUGAACCACGCCAAGUACGACUCGCGCAAGUCGCGCUCGUACGAGGCGGACGGCACGCCCUUCACCAUCCAGUACGGCAGCGACGCCAUGAAGGGAUUUCAAUCGCGCGACUCCGUGACUGUCGGCAACGUGACUAUAACGGGGCAGACCUUCGCGGAGGCCACCAGCGAGCCGGGCCUCGGGUUUUUCACGGCGAAAUUCGACGGGAUCAUGGGGCUGGGAUUCAAGGAGGUAUCGGUGAACGGGAUAGUGCCGCCGUGGUACAACAUGCUAGACCAGGGGUUGGUGCCCGAGCCCGUGUUCUCCUUCUGGUUCAACAAGGACCCGGGGGCAGAGAUAGCCGGGGAGGUGGUAUUCGGCGGAGUGGACGAGGCGCAUUACACAGAGGAGCCUAUGUGGGCGCGCAUCUACAGGCGCGGGUACUGGCAAUUCAAUAUGGAGAUUAUGGUGGUCGUCUUCCGUGGCUCCACCACCAGCAGCAAUCUCAGUCGCGUCUCGCCCGCCCUCGCUGCCAGUGCCUUUCGUGGCUACUGGGUCAAUGGAAUCGGCUUCGCUGACACUGGCUCCUCCCUUAUUGCUGGCCCCUCCGUAUGCCUCCCUCUCUUCCCCUCCCUCCCUCCUUCCCAUUCCCCUCUCUCUCGCAACCCCCACAAGAAGAAACAGUAA